CCCAUUACUGCGGCUGUAGGUCCGCAAAAAUCGCAGAACUAAUAAAACUUGCAAACGAACAGUUGUAAUGACACAAUAUAUUACUUCAGCUUCUAAAUGCUACAAAUUGCUUAUCGUUUUCAUCUUAAUAGAUUUGCUAGUGAACAAACGAGGGAAACAGUUGUGAUAUUCAUUAAGGAGUAAUUAACUCUUUUCACCGACUGCGGGACGGAAGCUUCUAACUUUUUUAUGUGCAAAACAACUACUGGCCAAGAUUAUUUCACUUGAAACGUCACCGUUGCACGAGCACUCGGAUAUACUUUAACGUCUCUCUCCGUACUAGAGGCGGUACCCGAUACUUCAGACUGCGGGUGUAGGAACAUACUACGGAUAUACUCUGUUAUUCAAAAGCGAAACUCCCGAGCUAUUGACAGCACGUGGCACCGGUGAUCAUCUCCAGAGAGAGAGCUAAUGACUUCCCUAUCAAUACAAGUACUUGUUGGAAUAUUUUGACAUCAACAUGCACAUUAACCUUUCUUCAGAUCGAAGCCAUCGUCUUCUUAUAAUCACUUGAAGAACUUAUGUUAAUGAUAAUUUUAUAUGAUUUUUCUGGAUAGCGGCUCCAACAUAGAAGGAAGGGUACUUGCUUGUAAAAAUGUUAUUUCCGCCCAUGCACGAGUUGAUGUUAAUAGUGCUGCACGAGGCGAAUCGUACUUAAUACGAGGACACAUCGACACGUGCACAAAAGUUGACAAAGCUGGAUAAUACAUCAUGAAACUUGGGGCAGGGCAAUUAUUCUUGAGUGUGUUGAUGACGUCUAUAUCUGCCUUGCAAAAUGGACUCGAUCAUGGGACAACAUAUUGUCGAAAGGAAGAGAAGGGGACGGGCGCCACGGUGAAGAUUGAGAUGGGAGACUACGGCCGCAUCGCCUCCGAGGGCUACCCCAACAACUACACCUCACAGGUAUAUCACGGUCAUCUGUGUAACGUAGAGCUACAGGCGUGCAGCACGUGUAAAAUCCGACUCCGGUUCGUAGAACUAAGGUUCCCGGACUGUGCCGCACAACAAACACGCGUUAUGCAGCAGAUACAGCCGGGACCUCGCAGUGUCUGUCUCACUGGAUGUGAUCAUUUGCGAUUAUUUGAAGUGGAUCAGCCCUAUCAUAGCACAACUGAACGGAACUAUUUGAGUUCCGAUGAAGGGACUACUUACGAAACCAUGUCGUCCCGCGUUGUGAUACAACAUUGCAUGUCAAAUGGUACUGGGGCAGAAGGCAAACGAUUUUACCUGGAGUACGAGGUAAUUGAUAAAAUUUUGCAUAUCACCGGUACGGUGUCCUCGCCAAUGUACACAGAGAGUACGGGUAUUAUCAUAUCUCCGAACUUUCCACACGGGUACGCACUGAACGGGGAGACGUUUACGUACAUGAUACAGAACCUCGAUCCUUACGGGCACGUGCAGCUAGUUUUUGAUGACUGGGAUCUAGCAGAAAAGAGUCAAAUACAAGUAUACGAUGACCUGUCGGGUAAAAAUAUAGCCACCAUCUAUGGGAAGCGGAAGCGACCUACAAUCAUGUCGAACGCCAACACCCUGGUUCUUGUGUUUAAUGUCGGAAAAGAUAAAUGCGUUUACUGUAAUCAUAUAGGCUUCAAGGCGACCUAUACCUUUGUAUCUGAUGACAAAUGGCUGCAGAGACCAAGAACAGACUGCAGUGAUAGUUACCGUGUGGACCCCGGGGGUGAGAUCGAGUUCCGGACGGACUCCUCGGGGCUACCCCAGUGGUACGACUGUGUAUGGACCGUGAAGCAGGUCAUGGCUAACUACCCAGACGGUGUCAACCUCAGGAUAGACCAUGUUAACCUUGGCGAAGGUUGGAAAGAGAGUGGUCCAAACUCGCUCGAGAUAUAUGAAGGAGUGACCUCCCUUGGUUCUCUCCUUGCGCGGUACACGACGGACAACUUUACGGCGGGGGACGUGCACUUCAGCCCGGGUGAGGGGCUAUACAUUCGCCUGCGUGGGGCAUUCAACGUCGCUGAUAGCUUGACAAUGGUUUUCACCGCCGUCAGUAACUAUACUGAACACGGUUGCCCGGCGACAUCAACGUUUCUAUGCGACAACCGGUGGUGUAUCCAUGACGACCUGACCUGUGAUGGGAUCGACCACUGUGGUGACAACUCGGACGAAAACCCGAUCUUCACGUGCCCACGAUUUAAACAACUUCCAAAACGUUUCAAGUCUCGCGAGAGGCCACGAUAUGUCACGGAGAAACGCACGAUACAGACGACAACCGAGAUGUCAUGUUUCGGCAAGUUUCGUUGCCUUGACGACUCGGCGUGCAUAGAAACGAGCCAGACAUGUGAUCAAGUGUUCCAUUGUAAUGACAGGUCCGAUGAAAUACACUGUGGAAUCGAAAUAUUCCGCGGUGGAGCUACGAGAAUCGAAAAUUCAAUAAUUCCAGUUUUAUUAUUAUUUUACGUGUGCUGUAUUUUAUGUCAUACAAACAUUUGUUCGUGUUUUGCCUUAUUGUAAAUAUCUCUGUCUUGCUUUGUUAUUUAUUGAUACAGUAUUUUGUGAUAUAAAAAGCUAUUGCUUCAAAUUAAAUCUUUUCUUAUU